AGACUUGGGUUCCUGUUACAUCACUUCUCCUUCUUGUCAGAGUGCUUGUUUGCGUCGUGCCUACCCACUUCCUUGCCACCUGAACACGUCUCUCGCUUGUUCUGCUUUUGUGGGAAAACAGAUGUGAGCUGCCGGCCUUUGUCAGGUGUGCAAAUCAACCUGCUGUCGCUGAAUCAUCACUUCUGUCUUACUAACGACGACUGUUGUAUGCAAGCUUCUGCCAACACCAGGGGGCUGUAAGAGCACAGAUCCAGUGUAUCAGAUUGAGGUGCUCCUAAUCAACCAGAUCUUUCAGGAAUUUUUUUUAGAAGAAACCUUGGUGGGUAAAAGAUGUGCCAUGGAAUGGUAGCACCAAAGAGCAACACAGGAUCAUCUCUUGCCUUGACUAGCCAUGGGUUGUUUCUUCUGCUAGUUAUCUUUGGUACCUUUAUUUUGGAAGCACAGGCCACAGGUUGGCUCAGCAAAUCCAAAGGACCUGCAUAUUGUCCCCAGCCACCGCAGCCCGAGAAUGGAGGCUACAAAUGCCACCCUAGUCCCUGCAACGACCCUCUGACUUCGGGCAGUGUCAUAGAAUAUCUAUGUGUUGAAGGCUACAUGCUGAAAGGAGACUAUAAAUACCUGACCUGUAAGAAUGGAGAGUGGAACCCUGCCAUGGAAGUUAGCUGCAGACUCAGUCCGGAAAAGGACUCCCCGCCAGCAAUUGGAGUACCCACGCUAUCCAUAGUAGCCUCCACAGCGAGCUCUGUCGCUCUGAUUCUUCUCUUAGUUGUGCUGUUUGUUUUGUUGCAGCCAAAGCUGAAGUCAUUCCAUCACAGCAGGCGAGACCAAGGUGUGUCCGGAGAUCAGGUCUCUAUCAUGGUGGAUGGUGUCCAAGUGGCCUUGCCAUCCUAUGAAGAAGCAGUGUAUGGCAGCACAGGGAACUGCAUUCCACCCUCGGACUCCCGGGUGCAAAUCGUACUGUCAGAGGGAGCUGGGCAGAAUGGAGCCAGAGAGAUGCAGCAGCAGGACCAAGAGGUUCGCAGUAGCCUUGAUAGAGAAGAUGAAGCCCCCGGACACUCUGGACUGUGUGAAGCCAGUGGCUCUCAGCGCUCUGAAACUGUUCUUGUGCAUCAGGCUGCUACCUCUUCAUGGGUAGCUGGUAUGGCUAACAGUAGACCUGUACAAAAAGAAGUCCAAGAUUCAGAAAGCAGUGACAUACAGAGCCUUUUAUCACUCACUUCCUCUGAGGAAUACACAGAUGAUAUUCCCUUACUGAAGGAAGCAUGAGGCCUGCUGUACUUGUCUAGCGUUCUCGCUCUUGGAUUUCUUCCUCCUCCCCUCCCUGCCUUCAGGACAGAAGCACUCUGUGCAGCCUUCCCCGUCCUCGCGAGCUGUGCCCUGGAUACCUCCAAGCAGAGACGCCCUCAGCUGAAGAUCCAAAGGAUGUUGCCAGGUUGCCUCCUGGAUGCACCAGUGGGGCUGGUGCAGCGCUGGCUUCCCCAUUCCAUAUGCAUCAGGGGCUCAAGGAACGCAGUGGAUUUGAGCUCUCCUCUCCUUUUCCCCAGCCAGAUGUUUGACAGCAGUCUCUGAAGAGCUGCUCUUUUCUUGUGCCUUUCUCCUCCUCACACCGGCUUGUUGCAGCUUGGCAGCCUCUCUAGCCCUUCUGUUGCCCAGAGAGCAGGGGCUGAAACCACUUGCUCUCUGGGUGCAGACAGUUUAUAUAUACAUAUAUGUUAUAUAGGCUCUUCUUCCAGCAUCCUCUUUUAUAACAGGGCAGGACAAAUUGCCUCACUGGGACUGACACUAGCCUUGAAAGGGGCAGCUUGUAAUAUCUAGGAAUGCCUCAAAUGAGAUGGACUGUGAGGCAGCUUAACUGUGCAAUAACAGUUGAGAAUUGCUAGAGCACUGAAGGCUGAGAAGUCCAAAACAUAGGAAUGCCCCCUGCCCCCUUCUCAAAACAGACCUUUACGAGAGUCAACUCCUGAAAAAUCACUUUUGUCUCCUCCUUCCUUUACUACCGGUGCAGCCCACUUGGUUAUGCUGUGUUUCUGGAGGCUGUGACUGGGACUGUAGUGUUGAUGAAACCACUCUUUUUCUCUUUGGUCUGGUGCCAGAGCAGCUUCUAAUGUUAGAUUGUGGGAGAGCCUUGAAGAGUGGCCAGUGGGAAGUGUGCAGAAAGCUUGGAGGCUCUGACUUUCUGUGAAUCAAUAGCAUUUGCUUUUAGACAUCGGGACUGGAACCAAAUUUGUGGCCCUGCUCUUCUGAAUAAACUGUGUGUCUUACAGAGCUUUCCCAGUGAAGGUGGUUCUGCACUAAUGCUUAAGUUCCUUUGGUCAGAUCUUCAGGCAGAGGUAAUGCUUUCAGAUGUAAUCUGGAAGCAGUUCAUGUGUUUGAAAUUGUCAAGAACAACUUACACGUAGGUGGUCAAUGCUUAGCGCCAUCGGUGCAAUCCCAAAUUAUCUUCCCAGCUGCAGUAGGUAUUUUGCUACUUGAGCCCUUGAUACCACCUAAGAGGCUACAGUCUAGCAAGAGUCUGCUGUUGUGUCCUCAGUGGGCUCACAGGGAAGGGCUUCUUCAUUUUGGCUUGGGGUCAACAGCACUUACAAGGUCUCUUCUAAAUACAACACAGGUUGCCUGUUGCUGCAAGAGAAGGUUGACUGCACUGACCAGAGGAUGCCAUGGCUUAAUCUUGGACGUAAAUUGUGAAGAUCGCUUUAAGUUCUGGUAGCAGAGAAAAGAAAAUCCAAAAAUGUGUACUUCUACUCCCUACAGUUACCUACAGCAGGUCAGAAUAUCUUGGUUGCUGUUAAUGGGAUUUCAUUUUUGCAGCAAACCAGCUUCAUUUGGGGUAGGUGAUCCAGUCACAGAAGUGUGGUAGUUGUAGGACUCUUUAGAGGGGUGGUCUGGAAACUGGGUUCCAUGGAACUGGCUUUAUCAGGAAGAGUUGGCUUCUUAAAUGCAGGUAUGUUGUCAUAACCAUCUUGAAGUAUCCAGGAGAGUGUUUGCCUUUUGAGAAGUUGCUAGAUUUUCCUUUGAGUUGAAGGAGCAAAAUGGCCAUGGCCUUACAUGUCAUGUGGCAAUGAACAGAUAAAUAGGGGUGCUCUUUGCCGCUUUGCUUUUGUUUUAUGAUCCUUACUAUCCUCAUCCUUGUUGCUCCAAGAACGUACUACUGUCAGAGCACUUAGUAAAAGUGACGUAACACCUUAAAAAUAAAAUAAUAAUCGCUGUGGCUUAACUCUGGUUCCUGGAAAUGGGGCUUGGCUGUAGCGUCCGGCCCUGCACCUGCUGUUUCUGGUUAGCUGCUUAAUCCUAGAGCAGCUGGGACAGUGCGUGCCUGUGGAUGGAAGAAUCAUAUUUUCCUCAUCCCUGUUCAGAGGGAUAUUAAUAAUUUAAGAAUACAGCAUUUUAAGUUUCCUUCUCUGUUGCUCACGUUAUCUUUCAUUAACACGAGGACUUGAUAAAUCCAGUUUGGAUGGUUUGGGUAUUUUUUGUUCAGUUGAGAUUAUGAAGAUCCCAUGUUGUUUUACAAUGGGCUGUUUUGUUUCAAAUUCAAGGACUGCAGAGUGAUAAUGUUUACACACCUGUUAUUGGAAUUUUAGAAAAUAAGAGUGGAAAUGUUCACAUUUAGUUUUCAACUUCUACCUUAAAAAUUAAAAUUGUCUCUUUCACUGGUUUUGUCAGGGCAUGUGGAGAGACUGAGCAACUGCAAGGCUGAGAGGGAGAAUAUGUGACUCUUCUGCUACCUAACCAGCUUGGAGCAGGAGUUGCUCUUAGAUUCUCAAGUACCUUCCUACUCAAGCCUGAGCAGUCAGGGAGGAGAGGUUAGGUGUGUGCUGUCUUCCUGCAAGGAGCAGUCCUUUUGGCUCAGAACCGGGUUGGUGAAAGAACGCCUUGAUGAAGCUGGAAGCUGAUGCCAAGGCUGACCUUGCCCUGGAUGAGUGCCUGCUCAGCUAGCAGAAAGCACGUACUGUGUGGUCCUGCCUCUGCUCUCUGCUGUUGUAAAGUAAGCAGCUGCCAGCUUAGGAGAGAAAAAUUCCAUUUGGGUGGGAAGAGAAGGAAGCUGUGCAGAAGAGGGAGCGCUUUCAUUUUGUUUUACUUAAGAAAUUAUGGAAAACGGCUUUAGUAAUUGGGGAAAACAUGCAAGCGUAGGUCUUGUGAUCAGCCACUAACAGUCAGCCUCUGUUGGGCUGCAUGGAGAUGAAGCAGGAGCUCCCAGGGUGCUUUACAUUUUCAUGUAAAAGAGGGUAGAAUGGUUGGGGGAGGAACCUAAGCAGCAACUGCCUGACAACUUUUUCCAAAGGGGAGAGGGAUUAAGAACUCAUUUCAUUUACUGAUCAGUGAGAGAUUGUUACUUGUGUUUGUUCUUAUUCUGUGGAGGAUUAGGAAGUCCUUGGGACAGAGGUUUAGGGUGAUUGACUAAAUUGUAGAAUCCUGUCUUCGCUUCUGAGAGCAAGGGCUGACAUAUAAGGAUCCCUCAGCCUGAGUCCUGCUCUCACAGGGUGCUGGUUGCCUCUGAGAGAGUCCUGGGGCUUGCUGUCACAGGGAGGUCUCCAUGUGGUGAUGGGGAGUGCAGGGGCUCAGCCUGAUAAGAUGCAACGUGGUGGGUGACUUGCUUUGGUUUCUUUUCCACCUUUUUUUCCCACCUACACCUGACAAAAAGAAUUCAAAGGGAAGCAUGUUUCUUAUUUAAUGCCCCCGACAUAAUCGUCUCACGUUGUGCCAUUUAUGCUUGGCCCCAUGAAAACCAAGAACGUUAAAAUCAAUUACAUUGGAAGAAUAAAAAUAGCACUUUUUUUUGUAAAUUAUUUUGGGGUCCAGUAUUAAAAAAAAAAAUAAAGGGCAUGUCAGAAAUUCAAAGUACUAUGUGCAAUAGAAAAAUGGGAACAAUUGCAAGGAGUGGAGUUACGAGGGAGCAGCAGGCUCAGCCACUGGAAGUAACCGUGCAUUGGUUAAGUGAUGUGCAGUGCAGGAUAGGGAACACAGGAAGGGAUUGGGGUGGGUGAGGAAUAGCUGUGGCCACAAAGAACUAUGCUGCAGGCUAACAAUACCCAAUGCCUUCAUGACCAGGUUCUAAGGGAGUUGUGCUUUGUCUGGGUUUAGCAAGCCCCCAGCCUUGCUGGAUAAAAGUAUUAAUGUACAACUAGUAGGACACUGAGAUCUCCUUGCUGACCUUCUUAGAACAGGCUUGCAAAGCCUGGUUUUCAUGUUCUGAUAGCAGUUGUUCUACAAAAUCUGCCUUCUUAUUCUCUCCAGACACCAGAUUAAAUCAAUUUCACUUUCUAGUUUCUGUGUAUAAAUGCAGUAAACCCCAUCUGUUUUCCACGUUGGCCUCACCCCAGCCUCAGCCUUCAGCCCUUCCCAGGGAACUGCACAUUGAACUUGUUCUUUGUGAAAACCUUUCUUUGCGGAAGAACUUUAUUUAAAAACAUUUCUUCUCUAUGAAAUGCUUUGAAAGUGCAUGGAGGUUUCCUACAGCGGGUUUCAUUUUAAGGCAUAUUUUUAUACAGGAGAUAAGCACUCCUCCAGUCCUUCACCCCUUCCCCCUGCCCUCCCGGCCAGGACAGAGCGAGGUGUUUCCCACACAGGGCCCUGCAUUCAGCACUGCUUCAGGCGGGUCGCUGCAGGUUCCCUACACAUCUGUGCCCACCAGAGCGGGCUCCUGAUGCUUUUGUAUUUCCUUUCAUAGGCUUUGCUUUUGCUUCCAUCCUGGGGUAGGCACGGACAGAGGCAACGGACUUGUGCUGGAAAAUGUUUCAGUUCUGAUUCUCGACUUCUUUUUCCACUCAAAAAGAACACGAAGCUGCGUUGCCUAUGAAGCAGCUGUGCUGUGGUGUGGUGGGCGGACUGCUGGUAGCUGCUGGUGCGAAUGCAAGGGGAGCUUGGUUGCCUUUGGUGCAUUAAUCUUUUCUUCUUUUCCUAUACAUGUUUGUUAUUUUUUUUAAAUCUGAAUUGCACCACUAUGGAAUUAUUUGCAGAAUGGUACUCCAUAUGUAUGUGGGAUUAAAAACAAGACCAUAAUUGAUGCUGUGCAGGAUGUCACUCGAUAAGUUCUAUUUUGCUUUAUUUUAUAUAUAUUUUCUGGUAUCCUGUACAUUGCAGUGGGUGUGAAGAUAGUAUUUUAAUAUUUGUACAAAGUUUAAUUUAAUUGUUCUAUGUAUAUAACUGCAUUUCUAAAUUAAAAAAAAAUGUUCUUUU